CAAUCGGUAGGUUGUUGCAGGUUGAUUACAAGUUUUCUUCCUUGACUUGGCACUGCGCAUUAACGUUAUAAGGGGAGGAGACAACUAGCGCCGAUGCGGGGAUUGAACUGAAGUUACCGCCAUUGUUGAUCUAUCCAUGGAGUUGUAAAGUGUUGUUAUAUUUUCUCAGCUGGAAUCCUCACGGGGAAAGAUGGGUUACUAAGUUUAAUUAAGUUUGCACACGCAAGUGUGCCAGUACAAUAUAUAAUAAUGACGGCCAUAAUGGCAUCUUUAAUUUUAUUCGCGGUCCAAGCGACAUCGCAGCAAUCAGCUUUUAUCAUAGACAAUCUUUCCCCAAGCAUAGUCAGUCCUGCAGUACAGACAAACGAUGUCUUCUACAGUCCUGACACUACCCUCUUGGAAGCAAGAGCCCCUGUCGCCUCCCUCUGAGGACUCGACAUGGGUAUCUUCUUCCGAAGAGAACCUCUUCUAUUCUACCUUGGAGCAAGAUGUAGACCUGAAAUUGGAAACAGAUAUUUUUGGUUUGAAUGAUGGCGAAUCCAAAGCAGAUGUUGCUUCGCAGUUGCUGGAAGAUCUGGAAAAAUUGGUAGAUCUUGAUGAGUUGAUCAAGGAAGAGCCGUUCUUCCUUGAUGUGAAGAUGCUGCCAGUUCUAGAUGAACUGGAUCACUCUCGCUAUCCUGUGAAGGUUGAAGACUUCAAGGUACCAUCGAAGUCCAUAAUCAUGAACGAAUUCGACUCUGUUUCCAUGUGCGACAUGAUCGAAUGCACACCUGCAACCACCAUGUUAACACCACCUCAAAGCCCCCCUAGCGAGACCACCAUGUUGACCACCCUUAAACCACUUGUAGCCACACAAGCACCGAUAUUCCAAGUUUUCCAGGAUCAGCAAGCAUCUUCUGGGAUUUUAGCUGAGAAGCAAUCCCUCGACAACGUUUUAGUUUAUCAACAGGUGGAUUACCCUUCGGUUGUAACACCCCAACCUGAUAUUGCACAUGAACUUGCAGUAGUGGAUGAACUGGUUAGAAGUCGUGUAGAAAAUAUGCAAUGGAGCAGUGGACCAUCAUCUCCAUGCAGCAACAGUUGCAGUAACAGCAGUUACGAUGACUCUUGUUCUUCUAGCGAUCCGGAAUGGGCACCAGAACCAUCAGAUGACAUAAACCAACCACAAGGCGAAAAGACCUUCACACGCAAGCGUUCCAAACCAUACUCCCGCACAGUUGAAGAUAAGAAGUCGCGUAAAAAGGAACAAAAUAAAAAUGCUGCAACUCGCUAUCGUAUGAAAAAGAAGGCCGAAGUUGAGGGUAUUCUAACCGAAGAAAAACAACUCGUUCAAGAGGGAGAAAAAUUGAGCACUAAAAUAACAGACAUCCAGCGUGAAAUCAAAUAUCUGAAAGGAUUGAUGCGCGAUUUAUUCAAAGCAAAAGGUCUCAUCAAUUGAAAAUUUUAUCAAAGUUUUAUAUCUAAAUGUUAUUCAACUUUCUGUUUAUUGUAUAUUUUGCUUCAAGUUUAGAUUGAAGAGUAGCUUAAGGAAAGAUGUUGAAGUUUGUUUUCAAUGAAUUAUAUUAUCUUCUAGUAUAUUUCAUUGAUUACAUCAAUUUGAUUCUUAAUCAUUUGUGCUUAAACAUACUCAUAUUAACAUGUAGGUUUUCAUCUCAAAAUAAAGGAUGAUUUGGGA